AUGUCAAAAAAUCAAAAAUUUAUUAUUAAAUCUUUAUCACAAAAAUAUCAAGUUCGUGAAAAUCUUUUUAUUCUUUGGUUAUAUACUCCAGUUUUAGCUAUUUAUAUGUUUCAACAAGUAACAUUUCAUGCUUUUGCUUUAAAUAUAAAAAAUGAUAAAAAUAUAUACAAAUUUUAUGUUAUAAGUUAUACUGUAAGAAGUUUUAUAUUGUUAUCACAAAUUUUAGUUGUUAUAUUUGCAAAAAAACUUCACAAAAAAUAUAAAAAAAUGAUAAGAAUUUCAAAUAUAAUUGGUAUUGAUAAUAAAACCAGUGAUAUUCAAUCAAUUUCAAUUAAAGUUAGUGAAACAUAUUUUACUAUGCUAUCAAAUGCAUGGAAAUAA